CACAAGAGAAAAAGGGGUGUGUGUGUCUCUCUCUCUCUGUGUGUGUGUGAGGAGGUCUGGAUUAGAUGUAUCGCUCCGGACUCGCAACGCAGUGAGGAAAAAAAAAUAUGUAAACACCGUGAUUCAGACACCCCAAAGGCGCGGCACGCCCACAUACACAGAUCCCCACCCGAGUUUUUAUCAUAACCCUUCUGUGUGGUUUCGGAAUCAAUCGGUGCGGUGUUAAUUUUGCACGUCUGUGAAUCGCUUGGCCGUCUCGCUGCGGAUUUCUGUUUGGAUUUUUUUUUUAUUCGAGCAAUGGCAAAUCGGAAACACAAAGACACGCAAGAGGUGUUUUCUAAGAAGGUCCGAGAGCUGGCCAAACACACCUUCAACAGGCAGUGCUGUGAAUGCGAGCAGCCCGGGGUCACGUACGUGGACAUCACCGUGGGGAAUUUCGUGUGUACGUCAUGCUCCGGCAUUCUGAGAGGCCUCAACCCACCUCAUCGAGUCAAAUCCAUCUCCAUGACAACCUUCUCACAGCAGGAAGUAGAGUUCCUGCAGUCCCAUGGAAACGAGUUUUGCAGCCGGCUUUGGCUUGGCAAAUUCGAUCAGCGUUCCGAAGUUAUUCCCGAUUCCCGGGAUCCGCGGAGACUGAAGGAUUUCCUCCAGGAGAAAUACGAGAAGAAGAAAUGGGCUGUCUCUCAGGAGCAGGCCAGGGCAGGCACUAGGACCCCUGCAGACACCGGCCCGAUCUGGAGCCCCGCCCUCACAGACAAGGCCCUCCCCUCGCCCCAGGGUAGCUCCGCCCCUGCACUGUCAACCAGCAGACCCACCCUCCUCCAGUCUGUGUCUCUGAGUCAACCCCAGCUGUCUCGCUCCUGGCAAAGAGCGCCCCCUGGCUCGCUGACUGACCUCAGAACCGACGCCAUCACUGCCACCCUGCCCCGCCCACAUAGCUACGGAGCCCCGCCCACAAACACAGGUCAUCGCAGUCCUUCCUUCCCCAGCUUCGACAGCCGCAGCUUCGGCCCAGCUACUCCGGGAGUGCCCUCCCCAACAGGGGGCGCUGUCUUCCCUGCCCUGCCCCGACCCACAGCCAGCGGGACUUUUAAAGGCAGCUUUACGUUCGGUCGUAGCUCCUCCUCUUCCUCCUCUCCUGGCUCCGCCCACUUCCCCAGCUUUAGUAAGUCCUCCAGCGUGGACUUGGGAGGAAUGGGCCCUUCCCAGCAUGCCUCAUCAAGCCCCGCCCCUUCGGGGGAUAAGUACGCCCCUCUGACAGAGUUGGAGAACGUCUUCGUUACAACCUCACCUGUGUCAGUGCCCCCUAGUGGAAUGUCUGAGUUUGGCAGCAUAUUUAGAAGCAGACUGCCUUCAAGCUCCACCCCCAGCAGCUCUCCUGGAGUUUCUCAGAGUGUCACCAGUGCUCAGUCUGCGUUCCCAGCUUUCUCGAAUCCCUUCAGAGGCGCUCCAAACCCCCAGCAAUCUCUGUCUCCCACCAACCCCUUUCACAAGAGCAGGGCGGACGCAGGCGAUGCAGAGAGUAGUCUCAGUGCUGCCCCCUCUGGUAUGUUCCAGCCAGCGCAGCCCCCUCUCCAGAACUCUUUCCUGCCACAGCAGCACAAUGGUUUUGCCACCUUCCCUGUACCUAAAUCAAUGCCCAGACCAAUAGGACAGCCGGUCUCAAAUAACCCCUUUACUGGUGGGGUGUUCCAGUCUGGAGGUUCCUCCACAAACCCAUUCCUCUGAAGACGAGGUCCUGCAGCCUCCCAGUUUCCUAGCUAGCCUCCCUGCCUCAGGUGGGGGGUCAAGGCAGCCGGAGCCUAGCAGGCCUGCCUGGACUCCCGUCCACAAAUGGAGAAAAGGGACCAAUCAGAAAGGAUAUACUCAAAACCUUUUUUUUUAAAGAUUUGAUUUAGACAGAACUAAAACCGGUUUACAGAAACCACCUAUAAUAUUUAAAGUGCUGAUAGUUAACCAAAAACAAAACAUAAAUCUGACCUGUUUUUGUAAUUCCAUUAGCUACAUAGGUCUCAAAUGUGCAGUUUCGAAAGAAACACAUAGCAAACAGGUAUUUGUUUAUAAAUGUCUGGUACUAGGGCUCCCCCAGUGGCGCAUCCGGUAAAGGCCCCAGGUGACCAAGGAAGUGCAACACUAACUGAAAGCAGGGCUUGCAAACAGAGAUUUCUUCAAACUGGUGUAGUACCAGCUAUCGUGUUUAAAAUGAAAAUACAGGUUUGUUAAGACAUGUGUUUCUUUCAGAACUGCACAUUUGAGACCUAUCUAAUGUCUGGCUUUGCAAAGCAUGUCAGGUUCAUGGAAUUAUAAUGUUAGCUAUGAACACUUUAAGGGUGUGAUUGCUUUUCAAAUCCUUUUUGAUUUUCAUUAUUUUAACACCACACAUAAAACUCAAAAAAAAAAACCCUACAAUUUUGAUCUAAUAAAAUAUUUGUUUAUUGUUUUUUUAUGAGUUGCUAAUAACUAUUUCGACCAAAAAAAAAUCUAAAUAAAUUAAAUUCGAGCCUUCGUACCUCAUAGACACACGCAUGUUCGUAAACCUAUCAGGAUGGAAGUCUGAAAUAGAAAUUCACUUUUGAAUUGAGUUGCAUGUUUAAGUUUUAUUAAAAAUAAUAAAAAAAAUGAUAUAUCUCCAAGCAAACUGAUUUAUGUGCAUCAUUUAUCCCCAACAAUCUGGAACAGAACACACAAAUGCUGUAAUGAUAUACCGUUAUAACACACCCAUUGAUUCAGUCUAACGAUUACAGAUUGUCCUAUACAGGUAACAUUAUGUUGGGGGGUGUAAUUCACCUCUUCUCCACCAGAUGGCAGAAGUGAGCCAUUGUCCUGUAUUUUAAUGAUAAUUUGCUUCCCCCAUUGAUCACAGUUACCUUUUCCAGGUCCAGUAAAGUAAUCCUGAGACUGCAACCUACCUUCAUGUGGGGAUAAACUGCCUAAAAAAAGACCAAAAAAUAAUCAUACGGAAAUUCAGAAAUGAUUUUAAACCCUCUGCUAUCUCAAAUGUGUUAUCGGUGCAUUACUGACUAUGUGACAGAGCUGCAGAUGAACACUGAUUAUUAUUAUUAGUUUAUUUAGCAGCCGCCUUUAUCCAAGAUGACUUACAGAGACUAGGGUGUGUGAACUAUGCAUCAGCUGCAGAGUCACUUACAAUUACGUCUCACCCGAAAGACGGAGCACAAGGAGGUUGAGUGACUUGCUCAGGGUCACACAAUGAGUCAGUGGCUGAGGUGGGAUUUGAACCAGGGACCUCCUGGUUACAAGCCCUUUUCUUUAACCACUGGACCACACAGCCUCCUAUCGAACAGGGCAGCUGAGUUUGAGGUUCAUUGUGAUGUCACAGGACUGUGAGAAAUCACAAAGUAGCUUUGAACAAUGCCAAAAGUGUAUAAUAAUAUUUUUAGGAGGCAGUGCGGUCCAGUGGUUAAAGUCCAGGGGCUUGUCACCAGAAGGCCACCGGUUCAAAUCCCACCUCUGCCACUAACUGCCUCACUGUGUGUGACCCUGAGCAAGUCACUUCACCUCCUUGUGCUCCGUCCUGCGGAUGAGAUGUUAAAUCAACGUCCUAUUGGAAGUGACUCUGCAUAUAAUGCACAGUUCACAGCCUGCCUCUGUAAAGCGCUUUGUGACGGUGGAACACUAUGAAAGGCGCUAUAUAAAAAAAAGAAAUAUAUAUUUUACUUAUUUGAAACCUACAGCUCUGGCCAAAGGUUUUGCAUCCCCCCCUAGAAUGAACUAAUUCUGCUUCAUAAAGUCAAACGAAACCUGCUGAAUAAUGUUUAACAUAUUGAAUUGCACACCGCUUUGUAGUUUUCCAUACACGAUGAAAAAAAUUGAAAAAUGUGACAUUUCAAAAUCUAACAUGAAAUACUACUGUACUACUAUUAUGGCUUCCGGUAGAGACUUUUUUUUUCCAAGAUCAUUUUGUAGUUUCUUUGAUUACAUGAUGUGAAAUAAAAGAUGUUAUUUAAUUUAA